AUGAGUGUCAUUCCCGCUGCUGAGAUCCCAACCGUGUCUCUCCUCUAUCGAUUGAAGAAACUCACCCCUGCGACUUUCGAUUCCCCCGCUGUAGCGCCAAAGCCUUCCCAGUCUUUCAACGAUCGCAUCGGCCUGAUCCGAGGGGAUAUCACAAAACUUGAGGUCGACGCCAUUGUUAAUGCUGCCAACAACUCUCUGCUUGGUGGAGGAGGAGUUGAUGGCGCCAUUCACAGAGCUGCAGGUCCUAGACUACUGAAGGAAUGCCGGAAGUUGAACGGCUGUGAUACGGGGUCUGCGAAAAUCACUGGUGCCUACGAACUCCCGUGCAAGAAAGUCAUCCACGCCGUCGGUCCAGUCUACAAUUCAGAAUUUAAGGCAGAGAGCGAGGAGGAUUUGGCAGGAUGUUACACUACGAGCCUUGAGCUGGCUGUUCAGAAUAAUUGCAAGACCAUCGCGUUCAGUGCCUUGAGUACUGGUGUCUAUGGCUAUCCAAGUCACGAUGCUGCACCUGUGGCUAUCAAAGCCGUCAAGGAAUUCUUAGAAGGCGAGGAUGGAGACAAGUUGGAGAAAGUAGUCUUCACUACCUUUGUAUCAAAGGAUGUGGAUGCCUACAACCACUGGCUACCAAUCUUUUUUCCAUCUACAGAACCAGAAGCCGAAGAGGAAUGGGAGGACAUCGAAGGCGGAGAAUCCGCUGAGAACGGAAAGGAAGUUGAAGAGGAGGCGGAGGCCAGCAAGGUUGAACUUCCAGAGGUACCAACUGGCGAGCCUACUGCGGAUGGACCGGCUACAAAGAAGCAGAAGCCAAAUAGUGAUGAGAAGUCUUAA